CGUCUCCUGGGACUAUUCCGACUCAGGCGAGAUAAACCUCACUUAGAACUACACGUUCACAAGCCACAAACACUUCCUCUGAGGCAAUAAACAUCACACCAAUGUCUUCCUCACGAGAUGCGCGGGUAGAGGAUACCUACGAGUUGCAGAACGAUCAGAGGCUGGAGGAAUUGCAUUCCAAACUUCGCACACUACGCGGCGUUACAUCAGACAUCUACGACGACGUCGAGCAGCAGAACUCUGCCCUCGACAAUGCGCGCGACGCCUUCUCGUCGUUCGGCAACUCCCUCGCGCAGACCUCACGAAGAGCCGGACAGGCAUUCGGCCUAACACCCGGUGGUGUGAAGCAGUUGCGGACAAUAGGUUACUGCGCUGCCGCUGUCAUUGGGCUGUGGAUUCUAUGGAAGAUACUAGGAUGGUUUUGGCCUUCGGGCGCAACCUCGCCAUGACACCCGAUCCCAUCGUUGUGCCAUGGGUGGUAUCUCGACUGUUGUACUGUAUGACCCAUCCAUCUUAUUAACAUAUACCCUCGCACUCUUGAUAU